AUGCGUAAUGCGAUGUCCUGGACGAGAACGCCCCCGAUCGAACUCAGACAGCCGCAACCACUCAGACAGCCGAAACUGCAGCCAGAGUCAUAUCCUGAGCAGCUAUCAGCCUCAAGGCGAGCCUCCAUAGAAAGAUGGCUCGACGGGAUACCUGAAAGUCCCGAGGACAGUGAGAUCGUCAAUGAACCGCCAUCCGACAUACAGUUUCGACAAACACGUCGAGAAAGCAAUGAAACAUCUGGAACGAUCGAUACGAUUCAUCCUGGAUCGUCAGAAUCCAACAAGCUCAAACGACACCGAAGCACUUCUUCAUACCUCCCACGCAGCUUUCGCAGACGGCCCGAACUUUUAAAGAUACCUCCAGAUACCGAUCCCCAAACAAUCGCACGAGCGCCCUCAUAUGUCUCUCCGAUGGAAAAGAUCGACCUACUCCAAGAAAAAAGACGACGAAAAGAUCUCACUGCAAAAUCAGCAGCGAGCAGAUCUCGCGGUCAAUGGGCGUCGGUGGAGCUCGAGUCAGAGUAUCGUCGGAGUCCCGCGAAGGUGCUGCGACAGAUGCUGUUGGCCAUGGUGCAAGAGAUGAAUGACGACGAUCAGGCGAUUGUGGAGGUCGUGAGGCCUAUACGGGGGACUUGCAUGUGUGUGACGCGGAGUAGACUAAUGGAGUUUAACGCUGGGGAAUAUUUAUCGCACACGUGCCGACGCUCGGACCAAUUCGAUGCGACCGGCCCCCUGAGCAAGAUGAACGAGCGCAUUCAGUGCGUCAAGGUGCUCGCACACGAAGGCGUCAUCAUGUCGCUUUCCACUGAGGAUUCCCGCCUCAUCCUCAAGCUACACGAUUCAAUCAACGACCUAUUCCGAUUCUACCACGGAAAAGGCAGCAACGCUUGUCCUUUGGCCACCACCACCACCACCACCACAUCCCCGCUUACCGUCGCCAUCAAACACACAAGUCACGACCAAGACGUCUCCGAUCCACUGAAAGGCUGCGACACGGACAAGCUCAUCAACCUCAUAGAGCGCCGACUGCUCGAACUGGUGGCAAAGGGACCUUCGAGGGAGACUCUGCGAAUCCUAGCUUCGAGACUGUUGGAGGUUGUGGAGAAGAAGAAGGAGUACGAGAAGGCGGCUGAUUGCGUGGAUGAUCCUGGAGAAGCUCUGAAGUCGAUUCUGGCGGACUUCGAUAGGGUUCAGGGACUGCUGCGGUAUGAGUUCUGA